AUGACCAAGAAACAAAAAAUGCACUCGCUUGCGAGUUUCCGCAGCGAGAAGUAUCCGGAGGAGAUCGAUACCAAACGGGCCGCAGAAAUCUACAAAAAGGAUGAGAAUAAGCCGUUCAACAUUCUCCUACAGAAGGACGAAGAAACACGCACGAAGCGUGAUGCCGUGAAGCCUCGCAAGGCCGUAGCACAUUGGCUUGUUCGUGACUUCCGACUCAAAGAUAACUUCGGGUUAUCCAGAGCAUAUGGUAAAAGUUCUGAGCAUAAUCUUCCGUUGGUUUGUUUCUGGGUCAAUUGUCCCGAACAGCGUGAGGCGCAUGGAGACAGUCCCUUCAAACAUUACUAUCGUAUGUUGAGUUUGCAGAAACUCCAGGAGAAGCUCGAGAAGCUCAAUAUCUCCAUCGUGACCAUCGAUGCACCUAAACGUAAAGACAUAGUGCCACUGGUGUUGAAGUUUUUGAAGAAAUAUGACAUCGCACACUUAUACUCGAAUUUGGAGUAUGAGGUAGAUGAACUACGUAUCGCCAUCAAACUCCUAGAGGAAUCCGUGGAGCAGGAUAUUGCCUUCUAUCCAUGUCAUGACCUGUGCAUCGUCCAACCUGGUGAACUUAAAACGAAGAGCCUGGGUACCCAGUAUGCCGUGUUCACGCCGUGGUAUAGGGCAUGGGUGGCAUACGUCAACGACAUGCGUUCUCAAAAGAAGACUCUAGUGUACCCUACUCCUCAAAAGGUCGAAAACCUGAUAGACCUUGAUGAAAAGGCAUACUUCCCCGAAGGAGAUGUCGACAAGAAAAGGUUCCACAAGUAUCACAAGCUAAUAGGUGAAGAAGGCGCUGAUGAGGCUUUGAAGCAGUACAUCAUGUCCACGAAAAUAAAGUACUACGAUGAGACUCGUGACUCUCUUGAUGACGAUACAGUGUCGCAUUUGAGUGUUCACAUCUCGUCUGGUACAAUUUCUACUCGUACUAUUCUUGAGGAAUUAUUUGCUGCCAAUAAAUUAUCAAAGGCCAACAAGGCUGAAGCUCCAGGUAUAGCCGAGUGGGUACGCCAGGUCUCCUGGAGAGAUUUCUAUAAACAUAUCAUGUGCAACUGGCCUUACAUAUGCAUGCACAAGCCUUUCCACCUAGAGCUUUCUCAUAUCGAGUGGGAGUAUGACAGGCACAUUUUCCUCUCUUGGUGCGAAGGUAAGACAGGCUUUCCUAUCGUCGAUGCAUGUAUGAGAAGUCUUAACGAGAUUGGGUACAUGAACAACAGGGGUAGAUUAAUAGUGGCCUCAUUUUUCGCUAAGGAUCUUCUUAUAGACUGGAGAAAUGGUGAGCGCUACUUCAUGCUGCGUUUGAUCGACGGUGAUUUUGCUUCAAACAAUGGAGGAUGGGGUUUCGCUGCCAGCACAGGCGUCGACCCACAACCAUAUUUCAGAAUCUUUAACCCAUACACCCAGUCCGAGAGAUUCGAUCCCGAAGGCAACUUCAUCAGAAAAUGGGUACCUGAGUUGAAGGAUGUAAAGGGCAAGCAAAUCCAUGACCCAUAUCUGCACCCAGACUCUUCGGCAGUUGCAGAGCAAAACAAUUAUCCAAAGCCUAUCGUUGACCAUAAAAAGUGUCGCGAGAGAGCGUUGGAAAGAUAUAAGGCCGCAAUGGCAGAGGGAAAGGAGCUCUUAAAAGAAAUUUGA